UAAAAAAGACUAUUAUCGAAUUAAUUAAUAGUUAACGGCAGACAGUAACUUGCUCUGGCCCCCUUAAUAGACUUGUGGCCCAAACGAAAAUCUGCCCGCGAUGAUAGCUGUUACUUUUGUCCUGGUAUAAUUUUAUUUUUAGUUAUUGUUUUUUUUUUUUUUUUUUGUGGUAUUUUUAUGGUGUUUGCAAGUGCUGAAUGUUCGGAUAUUGUUACUAUUUUUUUAAUAAAUCUAAACUUUAACAAUUAUUGCGGUUAUUGCAAUUGUUAUAUUAUAAAGCUUGCAUUACAUUUCUUACAAACUGGAAGAGACCACUAAAAAGGAGGAAUAGCCACAUCAACGUCUCUUCUGCGGUAUCUUUACAAAAUAUUUAGAACAUCUUUGCUUUUAUGUUGCGCUUAAAUCCGUAAUAAAGUGACUUUUAUUUUGAAACUCAACAUCCGGGUGACGUCUGUGUUUAGAUUUUAACGCGUGUUUACGUUGCAUUGAGCGUCGGAAAAGAAUGGCGAUAUUUUCCAGUCAGAAAUGAAAUCGCAGCUAAUUAUUUAGAGGUGUUUGUAGAUGGUGCAGUAGAGUGUCCUGAAGACUUCAGAUCCUCCACUUCCUCCCCCUCUUGAUCCAGACCCAUAUAAUGUGGCCCCCCUAUACCUAUCAUCACCUGCUAGCCUUCCUCCUCACGUUCCUCAGCUAUGUCCUGCUUCACUCGUCACGUAAGACUUUCAGUAAUGUGAAAGUGAGCAUCUCAGCACAGUGGACACCAUCAGCAUUCCAACAGAAUAGCACCACUUCAUCUUUGUCUCCAGGCGAGACAUGGGAAGAAAACAAACUGUUUGCUGAUGUGGGAGAGGCCACACUGUUCCUGGGUGCUCUGGAUUCAAUCUUUCUCUUCUCUUAUGCUGUGGGUUUGUAUAUCAGUGGUGUAAUUGGUGAUCGGUUCAACCUUCGCUAUGUUCUCUCCUUUGGUUUAUGUGGAUCCGCUAUCACGGAAUUUGUCUUUGGCACUUUGACAGAGUGGCUUCACUUUUAUAACGUGUACUUUUACUGCAUCUUGUGGGUAAUAAAUGGACUGCUCCAGUCUACGGUAUGGCCUUGUGUUGUGGCCAUCAUGGGCAACUGGUUUGGAAAAUCUGGACGAGGCUUUAUUUUUGGACUUUGGAGCGCAUGUGCAUCUGUGGGGAAUAUUUUGGGUGCGUUUCUUGCCUCCAGUGUCCUGAAGUACGGCUAUGAGUAUGCUUUUCUCGUGACAUCAGUGGUGCAGUUUGCAGGUGGUGUAGUCGUGUUUUUUGGCCUGCUUACAUCCCCAAAGGAAAUUGGACUAAGUGAUUACUCUGAGACAGGUCUAAGAUCAGUGUCAAGAGACUCAGAUAGUCAGCGUCCUCUGAUAAGUGAUGAUGAAGAGGAUUUAUGUGAUGAAUACUCCAUACAGCAGCAAGAUGAGGAGCCUGAACCGCAACCCAAAGCCAUUGGCUUUCUCCAGGCCUUCUGCCUGCCAGGAGUCAUUCCUUAUUCUCUGGCUUAUGCAUGUCUGAAGCUGGUCAACUACUCUUUCUUCUUCUGGCUGCCAUUUUAUCUCAGCAACAACUUUGGCUGGAAGGAGGUUCAGGCCGACCGGCUGUCUGUGUGGUAUGAUGUGGGAGGCAUUGUUGGAGGAACAGUACAAGGCUUGAUCUCAGAUCUUUUGGGAAAGCGAGCUCCUGUGUUAGCGAUCAGUCUGCUGCUGGCCAUGGGAGCAUUAGUGGGAUACAGCCACUCUCCAAAUAACCAGCUGGUAAAUGGAGCUCUUCUAGCAACAACAGGGUUCCUUAUUGGAGGACCAUCAAACAUGAUCAGUUCAGCAAUCUCUGCGGACUUGGGUCGACAGGAUGCACUACAGAAUUGUCAGGAGGCUUUGGCCACCGUCACAGGAAUAGUGGACGGCACAGGAAGCAUUGGAGCGGCAGGGGGACAGUAUCUGGUAUCACUCAUUGAGAGCAAAUUAGGAUGGAUGUGCGUCUUCUACUUCUUCAUAAUUAUGACAGGGUGCAGUAUACUCUUCAUCAUUCCGCUCAUUUACCAUGAAAUCCGCUCCUUGUGCCGGGAUAGUCAAGCUCGAACACAUCAGCUCUGAGAUGGAAUUUCUUUGCCUGAAAUCGAAAAGAAAAACAGGGCAUUUUGAAAGUACACACAUGCUAUUUGUGAAUUCACCGCUUUAAAAUUUUUGUUUUCAGCAACAGAAACCUCACAUUUAGUCCAUAUCAAGACAUUUUUUUUAUUUUUAUUUUUAUUUUUUUUAUUAACACGAAAACCAGAUUACACAAUGAUCUGACCCUGGUCUUAUUGUUUGGAAGACUCCUGGCAAUGUGAAGACUUGUACCUCAUUACUUAGUAACCACUGUCUGAACAAUAGGGUCACCAAUCGGCAGUGUGGCCAUUUCUAAUGGUUAGAUAUGGAAACCAAAUCAAAUUUGUUUUAGAUUUGUCACAGAUCUCUCCCUCCAAUCCAUUGAUGAGUGCCAUCCUGGAAUGUUGCUUAAUUUUUUUUUUUAUUUCUGUGUAUUGCUGCCAGCACAUUUUUUAAAUAACAGUUUUAUAAUUAUUGUUAGAGGGCAGGACCCUCUUGAACUUAAUUAAUGGAGUAAUAGUGUAUUGAAUGAUUACUUGAACAGAGGACAUAUAUUCAUAGCAUCAUGUAGGUUUUUGGGUAUUUUCGUGUUAGAUGUGCACCUUUUUUCUUUUUUUUUUUAAAUUGACGCUAAGUGUAUGAUGGUAUAUUUAAACACUGCAAUUCAGCAAAUGUAUGUUUUGUAUUUAAACCAUCGGAACUUGUACAGUUAUUGCUUGCUUGUUGGAAACGUGAGGUAUAUUGUUCCUACAUAUAUAUAUAUAUUUGUAAAAAUACAGGCGGAUAACAUGUCUUUAUUGAAAAGCUUAUAGUCAAUCACCCAACCAUCCACUUAUUCCCAGCUUGUACCAUAUGUUCAUAAUAAUUGAAGAAAAAUGAACUACUUUAAUUUGCAAUCAAAAUUGCUUUUCAUAACAUUAAACAGGAACAGCAAAAAGAG